AUGGUCGAUGCACUUACAACGACUGUUCGCAAUAUUUGUAUCUUAAUAUUAUAUUAUUGGAAAUUUGUUUCCCUUACCGUCUCAUCUUCAAAUUCAGCAUUAGUAAUUAUGCAAAAUAAUCCAACUGCUUUUCAAGAUGCUGUUGCACGUGCGAGAGAAAUCGCACAAAAAUUGUCUGCAUCAGCACCUAAUUCGAAUUCACUUAAACGACCGAAUUCAGACGAUGACGUUGCAAAUAAACGUCCAGCAUUUGCUUCGUCAAAUCCAGCACUGGAUGCUUCAACGCCUGUCUUGCGUGCACAGCUAAUCGCACAACAGAUCAAUUCACAAUUAGGCGUGAAAGCAUCAAGCGAUUCGACACCACUUUCAAAUCAACUGACAUAUCAAGAAGAUUAUAAGAUUCCAGAUAAAUUCGUCGGACUUGUUAUUGGUAAAGGUGGGGAGCAAAUCGUUCGACUUCAGCAAGAAAGUGGAUGUAAAGUACAAAUCUCUCAAACCAGGCCAGAUCCUGCACCUGGCGGACCAAAUCCUCCUGAUCGUUUAGCUAACCUAUCUGGCACACGAGAAGCUAUUGAACGAGCAAAACGUAUUAUGGAUGAAAUUAUAACGAAAGGAAGAAUGGCCGAUGGCGGAUCAGGCAAUGUCAAUCCGUAUUCAAUGGGUGGUGCCAAUUCCAAAACGCUUGAUGUUAUGCUACCAUCUGCAAAAUGUGGUUUAGUCAUUGGUAAAGGUGGUGAAACCAUCAAAAGAUUAUCUGAAGAAUUCAAUGUUAAAAUGUAUGUUGUACAAGAAACUACGGACAUCGAUGGAAUCGAACAUAAACCCUUGAGAAUUAUGGGAGACCCAGAUCGAGUUGAACGUGCUAAACAAUAUGUACUCGAAUCAUUGUUGAAAACAGGUGGUAUACCUAAUUCAGGUAAUCGUUCGGGAGGGAAUCAAUCGGGCUCAAGUUCAUUUAAUGAAUACGGUUCACGAUCGGGUGGUGCACCUAUGACAGGUCCGUGUAAUGAAGCAACAUAUCAUGUGCCCUAUGAGAAAGCUGGAAUUAUUAUUGGCAAAGGUGGUGAAAAUAUCAAAGAAAUCAAUCGUAAAUCGGGAGCUUUUGUCGAACUAGAUAAAAGUCAUGUUCCACAAACAGGGAAUGUUUCUGAACGAGUUUUUAAACUACGUGGUACACCCGAUCAAAUCGUGAAAGCACAACAAUUAAUGUAUGAAAAAGUUGCCAACAGUGCUGGCGGCUCAGGAGACAUGUUAACACCAAUUCUAUUUCAACAACAAUUCAAUUUGCCAUUAGUUGGAUCCAAUCCAGUUGAUGGUUGGAAUGGAAGUAGUGACCCAUAUGGUAACGGUGCGAAUAACAACGAUCCUUACAGUCAAUGGUCGAAUGCAUUCGGACAAUGGCCACAAAUGAAUGCCUAUGAUCAAAGCUCGUCGACUAACAGCGGUGAUUCAUCUUCCACGAAUAAUUCAUCUGCUAUGGCUGGAAUGGAUCCAGCAUGGAUCGCUUAUUAUCAGCAAAUGAGCUACUAUAAUAUGAUGCAAUCGGGUAUGACUGGAACUACAUCAUCUGGAACAUCGACUAGUACGACAACAACAAAAGCCACAGACUCAACAGCAGGCACCAGUGAUACAAGCUCCACAGCAGCAGCAGUCAAUCCAACUACUGGACAAGCAGAUUAUAGUCAACAAUGGGUUGAAUACUAUCGUGCAAUGGGACAACACGAAUACGCCGAUGAAAUCGCCAAACAAAUGAAACAAUCUAGUUCAACUACGACGAAUUCGUUUUCAACAACUCCAGCUACUGAUACUACUCAAGCUUCAGCCAUGAUGAUGGGAAGUGGUCCUAGUUCUUGGGCAGCGUACGCACAACAGUGGGCUAACGCAGCAAUGUCAAAUUCGACCAAUGACUUUACAAAGCAACAAAAAAGUACGCCACCGCUUUUCACAUGGCGAUCUUCGUUUAAAGUUUUCCUUUACAAUCAUAGUCAUUUUUGUUCGGAUGAAAAGCGAACGAUUGGUGGAAAGAAUGCAUGA